AGUUUAAGGAGAAACAUGUUCGUAAAAAGUUAUUCAAUUACUUUGGUGACCAUCAUUCUUAUAGGAUGGUCUGGAGCGGAUCCUAGUUCCAUGACGGGACAAUCGAAGUUAUACGAACUGAUGUGGAGUACCAGGGAUUUGCAAAACAGCAACCCAUCGCGAUCAUUGGAAUGCUUUCAAUACUACAGCCCAAUCUUUGAUAAUCAUCUAAAGGUAUAUGAAGCUGAGUAUGGCGCGUGCAAAAAUAGGUCUGCUCUGGAAAAAGAAGAUCUACUGGCUAGGUAUAUAUUUGUUGUCGACGAAUUGAACAACUCCUCCAGAAAUGCUUGCCAGGCUUUGAACACAUGCAGCAAGGGUGAAGAUUCAUUGGAGUCCCUAACCUGUUACGAUAAGACGGGUAGCACUAACACCAAUGUGAUGUACAAUGUAUCUACCACGGCUUCUAUUUAUCGCGCUCAGUUGGAGCACCAAAUUCAGACCAUCACCUACAAUGAUGACAUCUGCACGAGUGCGGCACAGCACAAAUAUGAUAGUAAUUUCAAUGCGGCCUAUAUUGAUUUGCAGAAUUGUUUGAAUGGUCUUGCUCCAGUGCCAAAUAAUAAUGUGACCACAACCAGAGAAGGUCCGGCAACAAUAACUACAGAAACGACAGAUGCAGCACCCAAUGCCACGACAAUCCCUCCACUCACCCUGAAACCCGACGAUGGAAAAUCGAACAGCACAGCAAAAAGUCCAAACCAUGGAAUAAUCAGCGAUAUUGACAACAUUAUCAAUAAAAUAGAGCAUUUAGUCUAAGCCAAGAAUUUCGAAAACAAAGAAAUUCCAAAUAACAUAUGUAUGUGUCCAUCUUGACAUGGAAAUAAAGAAUAGAAAUAUAUUUCUAUGAACACUUA